AAAUAUUCAAAAGAAAUAUCCGCCACUAUGAGCAACAUCAGCAACGACAGUGGCUUGGAUGACUCUGCCAACAGUGGCGCCGUGGUAAACGCACAUGCUCCCUUGGCAGCCACUCGGCUAUCCUGGUUCCUGGCCGAAGUGGAUGACGGGUCGAUGAAGAAUGGUAAACCAAAUGGCCAGCCUCGCCUGUGCGUACUCCACUCCAUGGAGCUGCUAGAAUCGGAUGUGUCAGACAAAUACAUGACCCGUUUUGUGGAGUUCCGGGUCAAUGGAAUGGUGCUGGAGGCCAAACUCAUCCUGGCCGCCGAUGAGAGGCGCCUGGUCGAUGCUGCCCUGCUUUCCAUGAGCAAGGUGGAGCGCGAGGAUGCCAAUGCCCAGCAGUUGUUGGUCCAGUACACCGACAACGAGAAGUCGGGCGAGCGUCUGGUGCAGAAACUGGUCUCCCCGAACAAUGUGAUGUGGAUAAGCACGAAGCCCGAGCUGAAGGGUAAUCCCCUGGUGAGCCUGGCUCCCGGAUGCAUUGCCCAUGUCCUGUAUGCCUACGAAAGUCGCGAUUACAUGGAGAAGAUUCUGCUGCACCUGAAAGCACGCAGCUUUGAUCUCGCCUUCGAUGAUAAUUUGGGAGCUGAAACGGAGGCCAUGACCGAUGACACCUGGAUGCUGGUGCAAUACAGUCCCGAGCCGGAGAUGGUGGUCUACCAGGUGGUGCAGUACCGCCAAACCGUGUGGCGCAAAGAGAAUCUCUUCAAGGAUGUGAUUGCCUACAUGCAACUUCCCGGCAGCGACAUUGUCCUGCAGGCGGUGGUUAUUAGCUAUGGUCCAGAUAAAGAGACCCAGGAAGCCAAGUUCGAGGAGUUGAGAAGAUUCUCUUUUGAAAUGGAAUUUCCCCUGCCCGAGGAACUGGAGAAGCAGCCGGAUCACGGCACUUCCACCGCCCUCUUCUCACGCACCAGCUUGUAUCAGAAGGCGGAGCAGCGGGAUGCGACUGGGGAGCACAAGGAGCUGCGCCAAAGUCUGGAGCAGAUGAGUGAAAAGGCUCAGGGCGAGGCCCAGAUGAUCAUAGAUGCCUUCGACAUGGUGGACAAUAUCAACAAGAAUCUGCAGAGUCGAUUGUCCGGAGAAUUGCGAUCCGCUGUGGAGGCAACCUCCGGAGACGAACUUAAUUAAACUGAAAAACAUUUUAAAUUUAAUUUAUGAGUAGGUAGUUAAGUUGAUUUCAAAGUUUAAAACUUACAUAGUUUAGAAAUAGAGUAAAUAUACUUAAUCCAAUUAGUAAUACAUUUACAAAGAGCUGCAAACACAAAGUAAAAUAAAUAUU